AUAAAUAAAUAAUAAAACACCAUUAUACCUCUAGGAAAAUCGAAUUCGAUUUAUUUGUAAAUCAGGAAUAUGUGCUUUUAAUCUUUUAUCUACAAAAAUAUUUGCAAUUUUCGGCUAAGGCUUUUAUGCAUAAAGCCAUAAACCCUUCACGAAUUUCGCCGUUAAAACUUUUUCCUUCUCUAAGGUCUACUCGGUUAAUUGUUUCUUUUGUGGAGGAAGGAAAGCCAGUAAAAUGCCGCUGGGGCUGAUAAUGGGAAUAGGGAGGGCGUUCAGGAGAAAGCGCACAUCUUCACUUGAUAUUCUUACCUCAAAAAGGAGUCCUCGGGGUUAUUACAAGGGAAAGAAUUGCAAGCCCACAGGUUUCCACACUCGUAAAGGUGGUUAUGUUGUGGUACCUGAAAAGUUGCCUAACUAUGUCGUACCAGAUUUGACUGACUUCAAGCUAAAACCUUAUGUUUCCCAGUGUGCUAGAGAAGUUACCGAGGCGGCUGAUUCAGCAAAGUAAAUCGGUCCAAUGAUGAAAAUGUUCAAUUAAUUCACUGAAUUACAUAUUAUGAGAAAGAUUGUUCAUGGGUACCUUCAACUUCUUUGCUUUGUUAGGGAGUUUUAUGUAUGCGAAUGCUAUGUUCUGUUAGUAUGGAUUGUGCGGCAUUUAUUUUCGCUUAAACCAUUGCCAACUCAUUUCAAACAUGGUUUACAUACUUCUAGGUUCGCUGUCGCAGGGAUUUUGCGUGUCAUCUUUACUUAUCCCCAUCUAGAGUAUGGUUAGCAUACAAUAUUUGACUAGACGUGUUUAAUUUAAUGUACUGAACAUGUACGCAGAACAUAUAUUUUUAUUUUUAUUUUGAUAAUUAUGCCAAGUGGGUUGGUACUA